GAACUGGAGUAUACAUCCCCCUCUCUCGCUUACAAACACACAGACUCACACACUCAAUGCUUUGUCACGCUGUUUGUUAUUUGCAACCCCUUGUCACCUUUCUCUCUUCGACAGAAACUCACACAGAUACGCAGAACAAACACACUCUCCACCACUUUUUACACCAGCCAUUUGGACAUAGCAGAGACGCCGGGGAGCGUCGUCCUCAAUAUGCAAAACAAAGCUGAUGUAAAGGCCAUCAUGGCUCGCUUCCAAGCAAGUGGGGCAAGCACUGACGAGACCUCUUCCACACCUGCUGGACGUACCAAACAGCCCCUGCACUCCACCCUCUCCUCCGGCCCAACCAUACCGACAAAGAAACCUGUAUUGGAGAGCCUCUCAGGCAGUGCUAUAAAUGUUCCUCCUAAAGCUAAUUUUCUGAAAAAUACAGUAUCAACUAAAAGUGACACAGACGCCCAUGAACCAAACAAAACUAAAGCCCUGGCUAACAGGUUUGCAAACAACCAGGAUGACAUCACCAACAGCAAACCCUUCAUUGCUAAUAAACAGCACAUAGCCUUGAAACCACCUCUUUCACCAGCUCCUGAAGAUAAAGGCCCUGGACAAAAACCCCCUCUAAACAAGCCCUCCCUCAGCUCUACCCUGUCUGACUCCAAACCUGCUUUCCCUAAACCCUCUCCAGCAGCCAUCUCCAAACCCAGCUGGGUGAAAGAAGACAGUAGUGAGGGUGGAGCCAGCUCCAUACCACCCAAAAUACCUCCUUUACAGCAAAAACCGAGCAGCAGCAUUUCGAAAUUGCGUCAGCAAAAUGAAGAGCUGGCAGGAGCUAACACGGACAGCACAAGCAAACCUUCACUUCCAGCAAACUCCACCUUUAAGCCCCCCUCCAACUUCAGGACUGCUCAGAAUAUGUUCAAGGAGAAGGACAAGACUGAGCAGUCAGAUAGUGGCAUGAAAGCCGAUGGAGCCACCAAACCGGCCCUCACUGCUACUAGCUCCAUCCCUCCACCCAAACCUCCAGCCAGUAAAAAACCUAGCUUGAAGAAGCCAGCAAAGCCAUCUCUUCAGACCAUCAGCGUAAACGGUGAUGUCACUUCAGGCCCCAAGCGCAACCCCCUGCCCAACAGCUUAGCUUUGGGCCCUGCUCCUGCCAAACCCAACCGACCCCCAAAAGUCAACCUGGAGAACUUUAAAAGAGGUGCUGAGGCCUCUGAUGAGGGUCCUGGCGCCUUCAAGAAACCCAUCAUCCCAACUCCUCUGGCCCUUCACCCCAGUAACCACGUGGCCCCAACUCCACCCCCUCAGACUGCAGUUCCUAGUCUGCCCCCACGACACCCUGGAACCAUGAUUCAGCAAGAUGACUUCUAUGAUGACGUGGAUGAAUUCAGCAGAAUUCCGCAUUCUCCUCCACCUCUACCACCAUCCACAGGUCACCCGAGUCAGAGGGCCAAGGAGGAAAGUGAUGAUGAUGACGGAGAGACGUAUGAAGAUCUUGAUGAACGAUGGGACGCAGCAGAACAAAAACAAGAAAAGAUGAAAGAUGAGAAGGAGGAGAAAAAACGACUGGAGGCUGAGAAGAAGGAGCAGAAGGAGCGUGAGAAGAAGGAACAAGAUGCCAGAAAGAAAUUCAAAUUGGUUGGCCCCCUGGAGGCCGUCCACCAAGGGAAGGCUUGUGUGGAUUGCCGGGGCGGUAAGACUGACCUUGCUCUGAAGCAGGGAGACUGCCUGGACAUCAUCCGUGUCCAAGGCAACCCAGAGGGAAAAUGGCUGGGACGAACGCAGGAUGGAUCCAUUGGUUAUGUGAAGACCACUUCAGUGGAAAUUGACUUUAACAGUCUGAAGAAUCGUAAAACUCAGCAGGCGUACGACCCUGAGGUAUACGAUGACAUCGAUGUGGCCUCUCCUCACAGCAGUGUGAUCAAAGGACCAGGAGUUGUCCUACCGCCGCUGCCAGGAGAGGGAGGAGAAAUAUAUGAUGAUGUUGUUGAUCCAAACCUGGAAGUCAGUCCCACGGACGCCAGGUCUUCUCCUACGAAGCCUCGUGGCUUCCUGCGGAUGUUUGACCGGAACAGACGUCCUGCCAGCACUAAAGUAGUGCCUCCACCCAGCCAGUUUACUGCAGAGGGGAAUUCAGAUCAGCUGGGAGCAGCAAUUGAUGAAGAGAUAUACGAUGAUGUCGAGUCUCAGAAUGUGCCUCCCCUUCCUCCCCUCAGCAGCCUUCCAACCUUGAGAGGCAAAAGCAAGGCAGAAGAGAUGGACCCAAAGAAGCAGAAGAAGUUUGAGAAAGAGGAGAAGGAAUUCAGGAAAAAGUUUAAAUAUGAAGGCGAGAUACAGGUGCUGUACCAGGUGACCAUUGUACCGACACUUACUAAUAAGAAGUGGAUUGGGAAAGAGCUAUCAAUCAAGGCAGGAGAAAAACUUGAUGUCAUUGUUAAAGCCGUGGAUAACAAACUGAUCUGUCGGAACGAGGAGGGCAAAUUGGGUUAUGUUUCGACCAGCCACAUUGUUAUGGACGAUGGUGAUAUCUACGAUGAUAUUGGAGAUGACUGCAUCUACGACAACGACUGAGAAACAUCCUCCACUGUGUUUAUGGGUUUACACUGAUAUUAUUCAUGUUAUUUAUUUUGUUUAAUGAUGACGAUGCACUGGGAGCUGCUUAUGGUUACCCUGAUAAUCAGACUGAAAUGUCAUGUUCACUUCAUUAUUUAUUAAUCAAAAUUGAAAUUGAGGAAUAAAUUGGACAUGUGGGCAAUUAUUUGGAGAUCUGGAAUCAGGCUGCCUUUAAUUCCUCUAAACAAUGUCAUCCUUUUAAAUGUUGAUUCUUCAAAAAACAGACAAAACUAGUGUGGUUACGUUACUUGCAACAUCUCAGAAAAUAUUUGUAAGAACAGCAGUAUUUGCAUAUUUCUGUUUCAAGUUUUUUUUUCUCUUUUGUACUGCCUUUGGAAAAUCCACAGCGCUUUAUUUACAUUUGCGCUUCCACUGUGUUUUGCAAUUUUCUAAGAAUAGCUACAUGUUUACAGUAAAUUAAAGUUGUGUAUGCUA